AUGACCGUCCAUCAUGCGACGGCGCUACUCGUAGCGGCCAUGGCGGCUCUUCUCCUAUGCCCUGCAGCGCUGUCAGAGGCAGCGGACGCGCCCGUCAUGUUCCGCUCUUCCCGACACCUCACAACCUCCCAGAGUCUCGGUCUGCUGACCGAUCUGCACUCAUGGUUUCGUGGCGGAACGACCAGCGCCGGUGCGCAGCAAGAACGCUUGCUGGUCGAGAAACCCGGCGCGGCAAGCGGCGCAGGCGCCGGCCAAGGACACUCCGACGCCAGUGGCGCGGCAGGCGGCGCAAGCCAAGCACCCACCGACGGGGGAGGUAGCGGAGGAACACAAAAAGGGACCACCGGCGGUGCAGGAUCGGCCAAUAACCAAGCGCCCUCGGACAGCGGCGCAGGCGUCGCCCACGGACCCACUGGCUCCGGCGGCACUGGCGGCGCAGGCUCCAACCAAGCACCCUCUGACGCCGGCGCCGAUGGCGCAAGCGGCGGCCAAGAACCUGCCUCCGGCGCAGGCGAAGCACCCACCAGCGGCGGAGGCAGCGGAGCGACGCACCAUGGUGGCGCCAGCGGCGCAGCCGGCGGAGCCAGCGCCAACGAAGGAACCCCCGACACCAGCGCAGGCGGCGACCACGGACCCGCUGACGCCGGCAGCGCUGGCGGCGCCGAUGGAUCAAGCGGCGGCGCUGGCGAAGAAGGCUCCGGCCAAGCACCCUCUGACACCGGCUCCGGAAGCGGCGCCAAUGGCGCAAGCGGCGCUGAUGGACCAAGCGGCAGCCAAGAACCUGCCGCCGGCUCUGGCGAAGCACCCACCAGCGGCGGAGGCAGCGGAGCGGCACACCAUGGUGGCACCAGCGGCGGCGGCGGAGGCGCCAACAAAGAAACCUCCGACACCAGCGCAGGCGGGGCCCUCGAAUUUGGCGCUAACGCCGACCAGCCUGGUGCCACCGCGGGGCAUGGCGGGAAUCGCGCGGAGCCAUCGUCGGGAGUGCGAAUGCGGGACUUGGUGGUGUGGCGGGCCGCCAAGUUCCAACUGAAGGGGCGCGAAGCCCAGUCGCACAUGGCGGCCGGCAAGGCCGCGGCGGCCGUGGCGCAUUCGCGCGCUUCGGCGUUGGAGAAUGCGACAGACGUGGAGGCGUGGACCGGACUGGCGCGCAGUUGCGUGGAUCAGAUGGCGUUGGUGACGGAGAGCGUGGAGGAGGCAGCGGGGAUGAUGGCGAGCGGCGGCGAGGACGUGAAUCUGCCGCGCAUCCACCUCUCCAACGCCGUCACGCUCGCGCUCGACUGCGCCGAGGGAUUCGACCUCUUCGCGCCGGGCAGCUCCCAGGACGCUCGCGUCAAAGCCGUACAGGAAGCAGCGAUGGAAGCUCGUGCGUCAGUGAUGGAGGCGCUGGGGCGGGCAGCGGACAUGGCGGCCAUGAUCGCAGCAGGCGACGACAGCGCUGCUGCCGCCGCCGCCGCCGCGCCUUCGACCUCACGCCGUCGCCUCCUGCAAGUGGCCGGCGCGACCAGCGGUGGUGGUGGCCCCACUCUCACCGGUGCAGGCACUGCCACUGCAAUCACAGUGGCCAACCCCCACAACUCCAUCCCCACCACCAAUCCCGGCAGAGGCACCGCCAACAGACACAACUCCACUGACUCGACUGACCCUUCAACACCAGCCUCCCCGUCUCCUUCUCCGCCACCCUCUCCCCCUCCCCCUUCGCCACCCCCUCCCUCCCCUCCUCCCUCUCCCUCCCCCUUCGCCUCCCCCUCCCUCCCCUCCUCCGUCUCCCCCUCCGCCUUCGCCUCCCCCUCCUUCCCCUCCUCCCCCUUCUCCUCCCCCUCCCUCCCCUCCUCCGUCUCCCCCUCCCCCUUCUCCUCCCCCUCCCUCCCCUCCUCCGUCUCCCCCUCCCCCUUCGCCUCCCCCUCCCUCCCCUCCUCCAUCCCCACCUCUACCUCCCCCCUCCCCACCUCCUCCGCCAUCCCCACCUCUGCCACCUCCCUCACCUCCACCAUCCCCUCCCCCUUCCCCGCCCCCAUCUCCGCCGCCCCCCGCAUCGCCCACUCCGCGUAUCACCCCCACAGUCACCGUGGCACAGGAUGGUUCCGGGAACUUCACCACCGUGCAGUGGGGUUCAAGGGGCGCUAUGUGGUGUUUAUCCAGCCGGGCUUUUACCGUGAGAAGGUGCUCGUUAACUCCACCUGCAAGAAUGUCACGUUGCUGGGGACCGGCGCCGCCUCCACUGUCAUUUCGUGGUACGACAACGCCACUGCUGGCACCGGCACGUUCCAGACCCCCACCGUUGCUGUGGAGGCGAGUGGCUUUGCGGCCAUCGGCAUUCGCUUUGAGAACACGGCGGGGAAGGCUGGGAACCAGGCAGUGGCGUUCAGGCAGACGGGCGACAACGCGGCCUUCUACGAGUGCGAGUUCAUUGGGUGGCAGGACACGCUCUACGUGCACGGCGGGCGGCAGUACUACCGCAACUGCUACGUCAACGGGACGGUGGACUUUGUCUUUGGCAAUGGCGCGACCGUGAUGGACAACUGCACGGUCCAUAUCCGCUCAUACUCCGGUGGGACGGUCACGGCGUCGGGGCGAACUAACUACACGGAGAGCACGGGCAUCGUGAUCCUCAACUCCAUCAUCAAAGGCGACCUCGCCAACAGAACGUACCUCGGCCGCCCCUGGAAGCCCUAUGCGCGAGUGGCUGUCAUCAACACCACAAUCAGCAACGUGGUAUGCCCUCCUCUCCCUCCCCCUCAUUCCCACUUUGACCUGCUGUUCCCUUUCUGUCAUGCUGCUGUCAUUGCACGGCCUCAACCCUCAUCCCCACACUGCACUUGCUGUUUUUGCUUGCCCUCCCCUCAGCUGAAUACAAGUGGCUGGCUGGACUGGGGCAGUAUAGUGUACAGCACUUCUACUUUCAUCGAGCAAGGCAACAGUGGGCCGGGGUCUGUGGGGCCGCGCAUAGCAUGGGCAACGCCAGGCAUCGUGACGGACCCUGCCCAGGUCGCCAUGUACUACCCCAACACCUUCCUCGCCCCCUUCUCCUCCAUCGCCAACCUCAUUCCCUUUUCCUGGCUCUAG